AUGUCAUCGCCUGGUAUUCUCAGCUUACUGCCGGAGGAUCGGUUCCAGUGUUCGAUCUGUCUGAACGUCUUCAGCGACCCAGUCACCACACCAUGUGGACACAACUUCUGCAAGGCCUGCAUCAGCGAGCACUGGGACAACAGCGACUUGUGCCAGUGUCCCAAAUGCAACAAAAGAUUUCACGCCAGGCCCGAGGUCUCCACAAACACGAUCAUGGAGGAGAUUUCAACACAAAUAAAGAAGAGAAGGCUUGACGAACCGGAGGGCAUUGCUGCAGCUUGGGAGGUGACAUGUGACAUUUGCACAGGAAUAAAGUUUAAGGCCCAAAAGUCCUGCCUGGGGUGUCUGACCUCCUACUGUGCAGCCCACCUGGAGCCCCACCAGAGAGUUCCCUCCUUGAUGAGACAUAAACUGAUCGAGCCAGUGGACAACCUGGAGGAGAGGAUGUGUCAGAAACAUGAGAGAUUGCUGGAGCUGUUCUGCAGAGAUGAACAGAUGUGUGUGUGUCUCCUGUGCUGUGAGACCGACCACAGAGACCAUGACACAGUGCCUGUCGAAGAAGAGGCGGCUCGACAGAAGGAAAACAUUGAACACAAACAAGGAGAGAUCCAAAUGCUGAUUGAAGAGAGAAGGGAGAAGAUAGAGAAAAUCACCAAGUCAUCUGAGAUGAGAACAGAGAAAGCAAAUAAAGACAUCGAAGACAGUAACAAGCUCUUCGCUGCUCUGAUGAGUCACGUUCAGGUGGUGCAAACAAGACUGCAGUCGUCUAUCCAGGAGAAGCUGAGAAGCUCCACCAACAAAGCAGACAUGUUGGUUCAAGAGCUGCGGCAGGAAAUCACCGACCUGCAAAAGAGAUACUCUGAGCUGGAGCAGGUUUUACUAACCGAGGACCAUCUUCAUCUUCUACAAACACUCCAGGCCCUCUGCAGCCAACCAGCCACCAAAAACUGGUCUGAGGUCAGAGUUUACUCAGAUGUGUGUGUGGGGAUGAUGAGGAGAUCCCUGUCUGAUCUUGUACAAGCCUUUCAAGCAGAACUGAAAACUUUGACAAACUUGGAAUUGGAGAGAAUGAGAAAUUUUAAAGAAUCUGUCACCCUGGACCCAAACACUGCUAACCGUUGGCUCACUCUGUCUGAGGAAAACAAGCGUGUGAAGUCUGUAAAAACUGCAAAUGUGGUGCCAGAUAACCCAGAGAGGUUUGAGACCCAUCCCGGAGUUCUGGGGAAGAAUGGCUUCAGCUCUGGGCGUCACUACUGGGAGGUCCAGGUGGGCCUGAGAAAUGACUGGGAUGUCGGUGUUGCCAAGGAAACAGUCACCAGGAAGGGCAAAGUCACUGUAAAUAAAGACAAUGGCUACUUUUUCCUGGGAAAGAGUGGAUAUGAUUAUGAAGUCUGCAACAGUCGCUACAAAACCCUUCACCUAAAUCCCAGGCCAAGAAAAAUAGGAGUGUAUGUGGACUAUGAGGAGGGCCAUGUCUCCUUCUAUGACGUGGAUCAGAAGUCACACAUUUACUCUUUCGAAGGAGAAUCUUUCACUGAAAAACUGUUCCCCUACUUCUACCUGCAUAGCAAGGCCAAAAAAUCAGAGCCGUUGGUUAUUACCUUUAUUGGAGAUUAUAGAGCUCAUUGGCCUGUCUCCCUCCCCUGUGGACACUGCUUCUGCCUGGGCUGCAUAGGAGAAUACUGGAGGCUCCAAGUGACCUGCCAGUGCCCCCUGUGCAGGGCCGUGUUCCCCACCAGGCCACCGCUGAAAACCGACAAAACACUACACGCUGCUGCCCAGACGGAGCAGGCAACUGUGCCUUUAAGAGCUGGAGAGGUGCCAUGCGAUCUUUGCCCAGCAAAGCAUCGAGCGGUGAAGUCCUGUCUGGUGUGUCUGGCCUCGUACUGUGACGCUCAUCUGGAGCCUCAUUACCAGGAUUCAGCUCUUGGGCGCCAUCGUCUGGUCAGUGUGUGGAAGAACCUGGAGGACGCUGUGUAUAUGGCCUCGUCUUCUGCAUCAUCUGACGUCGCUGUCUCAGUGGAUCAGCAUCUAACCUGCUCCAUCUGCCUGGAUGUGUUCGACGAGCCUGUCACUACACCUUGUGGCCACUCAUUCUGCAAGUCCUGCCUGAACCGCAACCUGGUCCUCAAUGACCUGAUGUGCCCACUGUGCAAGCAGCAUCUUAGGAAAGCUCCGGAGGUGAAUAUUGUCCUGAGGAACAUCGUCCAGCAGCUGGGAAAGACCCAGAAGAAGCAGGACAAUGAGUACACCGGGGCGCCCGGCGAGGUGGCCUGCGACGUCUGCACGGGAAAAAAGCUCAAAGCCGAGAAGUCCUGCCUUGUGUGCCUUGCCUCAUAUUGUUCUACCCACCUGGAGCUUCACUCCACAACCAAAAGGCUGGAGGGCCACAAGCUGGUGGAGCCUGUGAAGAACUUGGACGACAGGGCCUGUCUUACUCAUGGGCGCCCCCUAGAGCUGUACUGCAGGAAACAGCAGCGAUGCAUCUGUGCUCUCUGUGUGGAAAAGGGCCAGGAGGUUGUCACUGUGGAGGCAGAGUGGACUAUGAAGAAGGAUGAACUUGACAACAUCAAGACAGAGCUGCAGCAGAAAAUAAAGAAGAGGGAAGACAAAGUGGAUGAGAUCAGUGCAUCUCUGAAGGCUUGCGUGGAACAGCUGGACAGUGAGUGGUGGGAUAUCGACAGUGUGUUCACGGCUUUAAUAGCCAUCGUGGAGGAAUUUCAGGCGAGAGCUCUCCAGCCACUGAAGGACAGGAGGGACGUCGUGGAGAAGGAGGCAAAAGACCUGACAGAGGAGCUGCAGGCAGAAAUCACAAAGUUCAGACAGACCAUCUCUGAGCUGGAUGACAUAUCUGCUCUGGAGGAUCACAUCUGUUUUCUGCAGACUUAUCCAUCUCUUCCAGGCCCAGAUUAUGGCAAAGACUGGACAGCAGUGGAUCUUGAUACGUCCCUUUCCUUUGGCACCAUGAGGAAAAUCACAGCAACCAUGCUCGAACAAAUUCAGCAGAAGCUGGAGAAGCUGACCACUGUUGAGCUAGAGAGAGUUAUACAGUUUGCAGUGGAUGUAAAGCUGGACCCGGAUACUGCACACACUCAUCUUAUUCUGUCUGACGAUGGGAAGGAAGUGAAAGACGGAGGCGAGAUCCAGGACGUGCCUGACGCUCCAGAGAGGUUCGACCUCUUCGGCAGCGUCCUGGGCCUCAACAAGUUGGCCUCCGGGAAAUCGUACUGGGAAGUGGAAGUGGGUGAAAAGACAGGGUGGGAUCUGGGUGUUGCAAGAGGCGAUGCAAACCGAAAGGGGAAAGUGCCGCUGAAUCCAAGUAACGGUUACUGGGUGGCUGUGCAUUAUGAUGACAGUCAGUAUGCAGCCAUGACCGCUCCACCAAUCCGUCUGUCUCUGAAAGACCAGCCCCAGAGGGUGGGAGUGUUUGUGGAUUAUGAUGAAGGCCUUGUGUCCUUCUAUGACGUGAAGGCUUCCUCUCACAUAUAUUCAUUCACUGAGUGUGUGUUCACCAAUGAGCUCUACCCAUAUUUCAGUCCACAUCUCAAACAAAAUGACAAAAACGCUGAUCCUCUCAUCAUUUCUGCUGUGAGUUACCGUUAGCAAUGCUUCAUGGCAUGACGAAUGUGUGUGUGUCUGUGUGUUUUGCUGGUGCAUCACUGACAAGACGAGACAAAACAGGAAGAACAAAAAAAGCCACCUUUUUAUAAAUACAACAAAGGAAAUGCUCUGUUCUCUUGCCACCAGAAGGAACUAAACAGAAACAAACCUUUGAGUUAAUAAGGUUCAGAGUGCAGACGAUAGGAGAAUUGUUUUUCCUUGACAGAUUUUCAGCAGGAGAAGGUAUUAUGAAAUGAUGCGUCAUGGAAUCUGUGGUUGAUGCAUUUUUGUUGAGUCUCUGUGGUCGCUGGCAAGACUUCUCCCCUUUUCCCCCGUCAUCUGUGGAUUUUUGGGGGAAGUUUUUUCUUGCCCGCUGUGAGGAUGAAGCCUGGAAGAGUCACAUGCUGCUCUGUUUGUCUGUUUGU